ACCUCAGUUGGAACCGAAUUCCAGCCUCGAACCCUCUAAAAACUUCCAAACAUCUACUCGCCGUGAUAUCAUAAACCCCUUGACCUCGCUCUCCGUGAUAUCAUAAACCCCUUGACCGCUCUCACUCACGACUCUCCUCACCUAUGUUAACCACUUCCUCACCACUCGCUCCACCGCUCUGCUCCUCUCUCUCACAUCCCUUUCCCCGUUUUGUUUCCCGUCCUGUCUCUCUCUAUAAACCCAACAAGAAAGCCAUGCUUUUGAGAGCUUCUACCGCUUUAUCCUUUCGCUCCUCAUCCUCCUCGGCGUCUCCGGCCGCCGCCCUCGGUGUCGUCGCCGGUUCUUAUCCCAGCUCUGUUCUGAGGUUGCCAAGUGGCAGGUGGAAUGGGUCGGUGGCGGCCAUGAAGGCCGGCGGUUCCAACCGCCGGCCUAUGACCGGGGUGGUUUUCGAGCCCUUUGAGGAGCUGAAGCAGGAGCUGGCCCUCGUGCCCACCAUGCCUGACCUGUCCCUGGCCCGUCAGAAGUACUCCAACGACUGCGAGGCCGCGCUCAACGAGCAGAUCAAUGUUGAAUACAACAUUUCUUAUGUCUAUCAUGCAAUGUUUGCAUACUUUGACCGGGACAACGUUGCUCUAAAAGGCCUCGCCAAGUUUUUCAGGGAGUCAAGUGAGGAAGAACGAGAGCAUGCGGAGAAGCUAAUGGUGUACCAGAAUAAGCGUGGAGGUAGAGUGAAGCUCCAGUCAAUUUUGAUGCCACUGAGUGAGUUUGAUCACUCUGAGAAAGGAGAUGCAUUGUAUGGAAUAAAGCAGUUGCAGUACCCAACCAGUACCGGAUGGUCUUCGUUUCCAUCAAAAUCUGCACAUGUUCUCCUGUUUUGUUGGUUCGGGCUGUUUAGCGAUGCAAUGGAGCUUGCGUUGUCUCUUGAGAAGUUGACCAAUGAGAAGCUUCUUAAUUUACAUAGUGUAGCAUCACGGAGCAACGAUGUUCAGAUGGUGGAUUUCAUUGAGAACCAGUUUUUGGGCGAGCAGGUAGAAUCCAUAAAGAAGAUUUCUGAAUAUGUUGCUCAGCUUCGAAGGGUGGGCAAAGGACAUGGAGUUUGGCAUUUUGAUCAGAUGCUUCUCCAUCAAGAAGAAGAGGUUGUAGUUGCUUGAUGAAUCAGGAAGUGUUUUUCUGUUUUAGGUUUGAAGAGUUGUUCAGUGGGUUUCUUCUUUCUGUCAAUGCUGAGGUCGUGGGUGUUAUUAAUUAAUGCUAUGUAUCAGACGUUCUUCACUUAGGUAAUGCAAUAAUGUCAGUGUGAAAUCCAAGUGCAAAUACUACAUUGGAAAAGGGAAUCCAAGUAGAAAUCCAGGGAACAGACAACUGAGCUGAGCAAGGAACCACUCUUGAGACAGCUGAAAGCCACAAAGAUGAAAUCUUGUAAUAUAGUCUUUGCUAGCCAAAAUUUGUGGGAUCAGUUGUAUUUAUUGUGUGCAAGUAUCAUUUUCCAA